UCAACGACUGUUGUUGAGAACCUCUACCCGAAUCGUGCAAUUGGGAGCAACGAUGGCGGGAGGAGGGUAUCGUGGACUUGGUCGGGAUAAAGAUCGUGACCGCUGCCAGGACUAUCGUCGGGACUUUGGACCAGAAGAUAAUCGGGAGAGAGUUAGGGACGGACGAGGCGAUCGGCAGGGGGAGUUUGAUCGUGGACCAUACUACGAGAGGAGCCAAGAUUAUCGACAGCAACCCAGGAGAUCAGCCCCCGUAUGCGGCGAACCUGGACAUUAUCGUAACCAAUGUCCAAGGCUCAUCGGGGAGGGUAGCUCGAGGACGGGGUUGAUUCGUGGACGAUCAUUGUCCCCCAACCGCCAGCAUCUAGUUCAAGGAAAGUGGUCCUUGUCGGAAGACCCGGUGGCGAAGCAGCAAUUGGAGGAGCUGGCCAGCUCGAUUGUUAGUAUGAAGGAGCUGUUUGACAAGGAGCAGGAAAAGAAGAUCGAGAAGGCGAGGCGUAAACAAGAGAAAAAGGAGAGAGAGGAACGGGACAAGGAGGAGCGCUUAGCCGCGAAGCGUCGUGAAGAAAAGAAAGAAGAAAAGCUUCGAAGGGAAGAGGCAGAUCGUGAGAGAUUUCGCAAGGAGAUGCGCAUGCAGAUCUCGAUGGACGUAGGCGGUCUCGGUGAGCACCUACAACGCACGAUCGAUCGAGCGAUCACGCACGCGAAGGGGAAAGGCAAAGCGGCGAAGACUCAUUCGGACGCCGAGUCGUACGAAUCGGAGAGCAGCGAUGUGGAGGCUCUGAGUAACCAAGCCGAGAGGUUGGUAAUCAGUGAAAAGAGGAAACGCGACCCCGAGAAAGCGGUGGGAGACAGCCCACCGAUGGAAACUCCGGCAAAACAAUCGGCGAAGCAAGGGGCGUUGAAUCCCGUACGACUCACCAAGCAUCUGCAGUUGAGCUGCCGCCGCCCACCGAUGAAGCGGGCUACCCCUCCCAGGAAGACUCCACAGCGAGGUGUGUGGAGGAACAAGAUCCCAGCAUCGGUUGGACCGAUGGGGAAACUGAGAUUCGUUACCGAGAAUUUGAAAGCACUGGGUAACAUGACGAUGGACCAGUUGAAGGAGGUUUGCCGACUGGAGGACGUCCAAUUUGAGACCAGGAAGAUGGAGACUAUCCUCGCUAUUGCCGAAAAGCGCACUCUAACAGCUUACGGCUCUGAACAUGAUGAGGAGGAGGAACAAGGAGCUGAGCAGGAGGAUCCAGCCGCCGAAGUAGUUACCAAGUCGGAUGCAGAAGAUGAAGACGAGUCUUGAAGUGUCAGGCAGCUAUGGCGAUUAUGUC